AGGGUGAGCCUGGCCGUCUACUUCUCCCUGCUGGACGAGAAGGCCACCAACGUCCCCUUCGUCCUGAUGGGCGCUGGCGCUGUUGUUGUCCUCCUUGGCACCUUCGGCUGCUUUGCCACCUGCCGCGGCAGCACCUGGGUGGUCAAGCCGUACGCCAUGCUCCUGUCCCUCAUCUUCCUCAUCGUCCUGGUUGCUGCUGUCGUGGGGUUUGUCUUUAGGCAUGAGAUUAAGACAAACUUUGAGGGUAACCUCAACGUGGCCUUGAGGGACUACAAUGUGACUGCUGAUCGGCACAGCGAGGCCGUUGACACCAUCCAGAGAACACUGCACUGCUGUGGAGUGCAGAACUACUCAGACUGGGAGAGGACUGAGUACUUUACCCAGAGGGGCAUCCCCUGGAGCUGCUGCAAGAGUCAGGACGGCUGCUCAGAGGAGGAUCUGAAAGACCUGAGUAAAGCCAAGCUGAAAGUGUUCGUGGAUGGUUGCUUUUUCCUGGUAACGUCAACAAUGGAGUCAAAAAUGAGCAUUGUGGCUGGAAUCUCCUUUGGCGUCGCCUGCUUCCAGUUGGUUGGCAUCAUUCUUGCCUGCUGCCUGUCCCAGUACAUCACGAACAAUCAGUAUGAGAUGGUGUAGCUGGCUCCCAGCAUGCUGUGGCUGCGGCU